AUGCCACCUAAAAAGGCACCAAUUUACUGUCUAGUCCACGGGAUUCCAGAAGUUUCUGUAUUCGGGAUUAAAUAUGAUAAGAAUACGACCGUUGACGAGUUCAAAGAAACUAUCUAUACUAAGAAGAAAAAUGCCUUCGCCAAUAUUGAUUAUCCUGACCUCACUUUAUAUCAAGUUAAUAUCGAUCUUAAUACGCAAAACCCCCAACGAACCGCUCUCACCAAUCCAAAUUCCAACAUUGUGGGUGAUUUGGGUGGUCAGGUGUUGAGACCUAUGGAUAAUAUUGAAGAGAAAUUCACCGCACCCGCUAAUGGACAUAUUCACAUUAUCGUCGAUGUACCUGCUGUUGCCUUGCCUGUUGCUGCUGAGGGAAGUGAUAACGAAAUCCUUAUAAGGCUCGAAAAUAAAGUUGAUAGUAUUAUUAAGAAUGUGCAACAGCAAUCCGAACAACAAAUAUCAAGUGUAAGCGCUAGAGACUGGGACAAGAUUCAAGCGUUUCACGGUCUUGAUAAUAUCGAAGCAAUAAACCUUUCCAUCGAACACCUUGGUUUAAAUGCCAAUGAUAUAGUGAAUGUUAAUUCUUUCGGUUGGGACGAGAGAAAUGAAAGAGCACAAAAUGAUAGAUACAUACCUCAUCUUAAUCAAAUUCUCCGAAUUGGCACUUACCGGACACUCACGAUUUUUGAUCCAACCAGUAACGCAGACUUUUUUACGACAGAUGCUGGUAUAUACUUACCACUGAGACUGGCUGGUACAACAGAUGCAGUUGUAGUGGAUAGGUUUUCUGUUGCGGCCAUGUUUCCAGAUUGUCAUAUUCGAAUUGUUUUAGAAUUAAAAAAGAGAGUCGAAAACAAAGAUAGAUAUCAAGCUUUAGCGAAAUUAACCACGUCAGAUUUAAGAUCUAAUCAUGCUGUUUUGACGGUAUUAACUGACCUGAACGAUACGUGGGUAUUCUUCUGGUUUGAACAGAAAAAGGUUAAGACGCUCACCUUACCAAGAAAUACUGCUGUAGCAUUGAUAAACAACAAUAUGAAAUUGGCGAAUCAAGAAAAUAUGGCUAAAGAAAACAACCAAAGUGAAGAAGCAAGUACCGAAGAACAAGGGCCCUUACCGAAAAGGCAGAAGCUUAAACACAUCGUGACAUCUAAUGUAAGUUCCGAUAUUGAUCCUAUGGAAGAUUUUUUUGAUAUGAUGACCGAGGAAGAAAUAUUUAGAUAUAAAACAAAGCGUGUUCUAACUCAAUUUUUUAGUAAACCAAUAUUUAGUGAAUUGAAUAAUUAUCAAAGAACAUUACCCUUGUAA